UAAUGUCAAGUCUUCUCAUUUCAUUUACAAUUUUACUUAACAGCUCUUUUCUAACCAUUUCUAUUUCUCUACAAUUAGUUUAGAAAAUAGUUUAUAAAAUUAGAGUUCUAGUUUUUAGUGCCAUUAUAAUCAACCUACCUAACCAUCUAAUUAUAAAAUAAUGUCAUCCCACCAACAAGAAACCAAAGCCAUCCAUGUCGGACAAGAGCCUGAACAAUGGUCUCAUCGCGAAGUUGUUCCUCCCAUCAGUCUUGCAACUACUUAUAAGCAGCCUAGACCUGGUGAAGCUAUUUCAUACGAAUAUGGACGAAGUGGCAACCCUACUAGAUGUUGUCUUGAAAAGUGUUUAGCAUCUCUUGAAAAUGCAGAGCAUGGAUUCUGUUUCAGCAGUGGAUUAGCUUCAAUCACUACAUUAACAUAUCUAUUGAAAAGUGGCGACCAUAUAAUCUCUGGUGAUGAUAUUUAUGGUGGAACCAACAGGUUAUUUCAAAAAUGUGCCGCUCGAAUGGGAUUAACCACAACAUUUGUUGAUGCUCGUGAUGUCAAAAAUAUUGCGAAAGCUUUACAACCAAACACCAGAUUGAUCUGGAUGGAAACUCCAACCAACCCAACCAUGAAACUUGCUGAUAUUAAGGCAAUUGCUGAUUAUGUCAAAACUCUUGAUAACGUUAUACUUGCUGUUGACAACACCUUCAUGUCUCCAUAUUUUCAGAAACCAUUAGAUUUAGGUGCUGAUAUCGUUCUCCAUUCAAUCAGCAAAUACAUCAAUGGACAUUCAGAUGUAAUCAUGGGAGUGAUUAUGACUCGACGGGAGGAUCUUGCUGAGCGAAUAAGAUUUUUCCAAAAUGCCCUAGGAGCCGUUCCUUCACCAUUUGAUUGUUUCCUUGUCAAUCGAGGGGUCAAAACCUUAGCUGUACGAAUGGAAUGUCAUCAGCGUAAUGGCUUAGAAAUCGCGAAGUACCUUGAAUCACAUCCAAAAGUGGCAAAAGUAUAUCAUCCAGGUUUACCUAGUCAUCCUCAGCAUGAGCUUCACAAAAAACAAUGCUCUGGGUCAAGUGGAAUGAUAUCUUUUGAAAUUAAAGGAGGUAAAAAAGAAGCUUCAGAUUUUGUUGCCAAUUUAGAGAUUUUUACUCUUGCUGAAAGUCUUGGUGGAAUUGAAUCACUAAUUGAGAUACCAUCUUUAAUGACACACACGUCGGUCCCACUCGAACAAAGGAAACAGCUCGGUAUCAGUGAUAGUUUGGUUCGAGUAUCAGUUGGAAUUGAGUCAAUCCAAGAUUUAAUAGCUGAUAUGGAUCAAGCUUUCGCCAAGAUCUGAUAAAAUCAAUGAUUACAGCCUAUCUUGUUGAAAUCUUUUGUAUUGGAUUUUUUCAAUAAUUGAAUUUUGUGAUGAUUGUCUCACCAUAAAAAUUGUUACUUGGUUAAAAUAUUUCAAUAGAACCUUUGAAUAAAAUUAA